AUGGUAUUGUGUCUUAGAAUGACCGGUAGAAAGAAAUAUAAGCCAAAAGUUGUGGAUACCAGUGAAAAAAUGAAGAGGAAGAAAAGCUGUAAUGAUCCUCCCUCCUCCUCCUUGAAGAAGAAAUGUAAUCAUCCUUCCUCCAUGGAUCCAACUAUUGAUCCCACCUCCACCAAUCCCACUGUUAAUCAUCCACCAAGUUCAUCCAACACCAAUCCAAGUUCAUCCAACCCCAUAUGCAAUGAGGAAAUAUCUUUCUUCAACAAAGAUUACAAACAGUGGUAUGAGAACUACAUUAAUUAUAGGCCUUUGUUAUUGGAGAGGGGUGUUUUACUAGAUCAAUUAAAAGAGGGUAUGAAGGAUAGGCGACAAUGUCUCCCAUUCCCAAUUUUGAUUUCAAAGAUUAUGGAGGAUUGUGGAGUUGUGGUUCACUCAAGCAACACUUAUUCCACUCCCAUGAAUCCAAUUUAUGGUGGGACAAUAAAGAAGAGUUUGGCGCAAGGGCAGAAGAAUACAACUUAG